AUGGCCGAAGUCAAGGAGGGUCGCGUGCGGUCCGUGACCCUCGGGGAGAUGCCUGCUUCUUUCGAGCAGCUUCUGGAGGAGCUCAGACACACCCAUCAGAUGGAGCUCGCUGAAGUCAAGGCGGAAGCGGACCGACUUUUGGUGGAGAAGAAGACCUGGACAGCCAUAACGGAACGGUCUCGGGCGCGUGAGGUGGAAGACGACGAAGAGAGUGACACCACGCUGCCAGAUCCAAACCUGUUCUCUUCCGAGAAGGUGGUGCCGCUGGAAACCUUUCUAGAGGGGGAGGAGUUCCCGCCAUCUCCAUCUGAGGGGGAGACCGACAUUGCCGACUCCAUGACCGUAUCGGCGCCCUUCGAGAAUAAGAUCGACAUCCAGGAGGAGAUCGAGAACGCAAAGCCCUGGAUGGAUGAGGAAGGCAACAAGCACUAUAAGAACGACAACAAGCCCAAGGGGGAAUCGCUGCAGGAUGCCGGCCUGUCCCUCGAUUCGCCGGAUCCUUUGCCGCGGGAUGCCUCCCUCUUGGCGCACGCGCUGGAGAGCGACAGAUAUGAGCUCUUGGUUGGCGCCACCGUGCUGGCCAGCGUUGGCAUCAUGGCGGCUGACUACCAGUACGCAGGCUACAGCGUGGGUCAGGCUAUUGAGUUCCAGGGCAUGCACGAGCUCCCCUGGGGUGACCCGAACCCAGAAUGGAUUGCUGUGGUCAGCAUGUGCUUGGACAUCAUCUUCGGCGUGGAUGUGUUGGUUAGAGUUGCAGUGCUCCGCUGCCGAUUCUUCCGUCUCUUUGUGAACUGGAUCGACCUUUUUGUGGCGAUCUUGUCCGUCAGUGCGAGCUUUAUUGCUGGCCUCGACGAGGGCUUCAAUGUCUGGGCCCUGAGAAUGCUGCGUCUGGCCAAAGUUGCCAGAGCACUGCGCUUGAUGCGGAUGCGUCGCGCUCUCGAGUCCCUCUCGCUGCUUUUGCGGUGCGUUCAGUCGAGUCUACAAGUCCUCUUCUGGUCUCUGGGCUUGCUCGGGGUCAUCCAAUGCAUCGCAGGCAUGGUCAUCGGACAGCUUCUGAUGCCCUACAUGAGGAAUGAAUCCAUCGAUGUGGUCCGAAGAGCAGAGGUCUACAAAUACUUCGGCACCUUCAACCGCACGCUGCUGACAAUGUUUGAGGUCCUUUUCGCAAACUGGGCUAUUCCUGCACGGAUUUGCAUCGAAAACGUCAGCGAAGGCUUUAUUUACAUCUUCAUCUUCUACCGCUGUUUGGUAGGCUUCGCCGUGCUCAAUGUUGCCACUGGGCCGCGAAACAGAACCAGUUUAGAAGCCCGGUUACAAAUCAAGUCAUUUGAUUACGGAGGUAUCGGUACUAUAGGGCUUCUUAUAGCUUAA